UCCAAGCUGAGCUCAAAACUUGAGAACCCUGCUGUUUACCUGAUCAUGAAGCUACCCAUAACAUGUCCCUAUCAACCUAGAGUUGGGAGCUGCACCCUCUACUGUGGCAAUCUCUACGGCAUCUUUGACUUUAGGUGAAUGAGAUUUAUGCUAAUAACUGCCCUGCACAUCAGCAGAUUUGGUUAACACUUCUCUUUAUCUCAUGCUUGCUGCAGACUAAAAGUGCCAGAAAGACGAAAACAUGUAGUUAGACAGGAAGGACUGUGAGUGCAGCCAGGCAUGCGCCCAGUGAUGAAACCAAAAAUGGGUUGGCUUCCUUUCCCCUUGAUGUUUGAAAGAGGCCUCCCCACCACCACCACCACCCACCCCUGUUUUCCAAGGUGGAGCUAUCACAGCAGUAAGCAGUUAGUGCAUGAGACCUAUCACAACCCAGUCAUCACAGCGAGACUCACUAACGUCUGCACUUGUGUAUACCCCAAUUCAGUUUGUUUUCGUUGUCAGUGUUUUCUACCUUCAUAGAUACUUGGACUACAAAAUAGAUAUGAUGGAAUGGCGUCUAGUUGUUUGGCUAAUUGUUUUACCUCCAGCUCUAGUAAAUGGAGAAGUGGUGUACCUCAGCCAGAAACGCAAUGGUUCUAUCGAGCUUGCAUGCUUGUCUACUACGAGCGGUCCUUUUGCCUUCUAUCUGAAACGCGAGUGGCUGCAGCCCAACAAAGAAGUUCUGUUCAUCCACCAAGGCCAUGAUCCCACUUUUGGUCCUGAUGAAACCGACAGGAGUCGCAUCCGUGUUUUUGAGAACCUCCGCUCUGGUCAGGUGAAUGUGAGCAUCUCUCACCUGCAGGGCUCUGACACUGAUCGCUACAUCUGCGAGUUCGUGUUUCCUGACGUUACCGAUGACCGCAAGGAACCUGGCAGAGAUAAGUUCCUCCUCUAUGUUGCGGAUCAUGUUGAACAGCCUUGCAGCUGUUCCAGUUAUCCAGUUCUCCUUUACACCAUCGCUGGAGCUAUUGGUCUUCUGCUCCUCAUCAUCCUGGGCCUCACAGUAGCAUAUUGCGGCAAGGCGCGCAACGGCAGCAAGCCACAGCCCGCCGUCCCCAUCUAUGAGGAGAUGGCAGGCCUGCAGUCAGGAAACAGCAAAGUUUUCUGUGACCCGGGUCAUUUUGGGGAGAGUGAGUAUGUGAAGCCCCGCCGUGAGAACCCCUACUCCAGCCCUUAAAGGGGGCCCUGGCCUCCUGAGCAAUCUACACCCACCUGAGCUCCUCAUUCAGGAUGACCGUUUUACCUGAAGAGUCGGGGCAGUUCACUUCGAGCCCCAAACACAAUGUCGCUGUCUUUCACAAAACUUCUCACACUUAAUACCCUCAGACUGAGGGGGAAAUGCAUGCUUUGCAGUUUGUUGUAUCUUCAGAAGUGUAAUACUAGAGUACGUUUGUUGUAUCUUCAGAAGUGUAAUACUAGAGUUAGAGUACGUUUGUUAGUGGAGCUGUUAAAGCGCAGUCAGGGAUUUUGCAGGAAGUCGCGUUUGUGUUUUUUGUGCAAAAAAAGCAUACAUAAUAUUUUAACCAAGGAAUAAACUAAACACACCAGAGAGAUAGCUCACCACCACCUUCAGUAUUCCCAGAGAAACUCCAUGCAGGGUUUAGUUUUUGUUUGGGGCACAGGCUGCCCCCACUUUGUUUCCAGUUUUCGGAGCCCGGGCUGCCUACAGAGACCGGGGUUUUUCUACAGUGUACUCACGGAAUGGGCAGCUAGCGGCUAUGAGGAGAUGAUUGCUGAAUGUGACAUGUUAUGGGCUUAUGGGGUUAUGUCGCUUAAAUCCCUGACUGCGUCUUUAUUAGCAAAAAAAAUAAAAAACUUUGUAUCAUGGCAGACAUAUGACUUUUUGUAUCAUGGCAGACGUAUGACACAAAAGUGUCACAUCACAGCAUGUGACAGCCUCACAUAAAUGUUGCGGUCACAUGUUUUAAAAAAGGAACUUUUUACCAACCCCACACUGUAAAUGGAAGGAUGUCAAAGUAUAAAUUACAAGUUAAUUUAUAUAGAAGUGCCAUAAGUAUAAUAGCGGAACUUCCAGGGAACAGAACUUGCUGUAUAUAUUGUAUAUAAUUAGCCCCUAGUCUGUUAGCUGACAUCAGCUUUUAUUUGCCGGGUAAAAAGUACAAAAGACCAAAGGCCUACAACAGAGAAACAGCAGCAAUGCUGUCUUCUAAUCAUGUUAUAUUAGCAAUGCUGUCUUCUAAUCAUGUUAUAUUAGCAAUGCUGUCUUCUAGCAAUGCUGUCUACUAAUCGUGUUAUAUUAGCAAUGCUGUCUACUAAUCGUGUUAUAUUAGCAAUGCUGUCUUCUAAUCGUGUUAUAUUAGCAAUGCUGUCUACUAAUCAUGUUAUAUUAGCAAUGCAAUGCUGUCUUCUAAUCAUGUUAUAUUAGCAAUGCUGUUUACUAAUCAUGUUAUAUUAGCAUUGCUGUCUAGCGGGGGGAGUAGUUGUAAGUAUUGUUCAUUUUCAGCAUUGUUUUAUUCAUGUAUACUCCUUCAAUUUCUAUACAUGAAGCAUACUUAGCCCUUGUCUCAGAAUAUUGGUACAAGUUUUUUUGUUUUUGUUUUAUUUGAUUGUUUAUUUGUGAGGGAGGGUGUAAGCAUUGUUGUGUUAUUGUUGAUUAUUGCUUGUGGGUGACCACACACCAAAGAACUGUUUCUGUCAAACUGUUCAUUUGUACAUUCUUCAGUAUUAUCAGAUCAUAUUGAGUCUUCAUUUCAUCAACAUCAUCAUACAUAGGCCAAUGUAAACAUGUAAAAUGUCACUUUAAAUUGUUAUGAAUUCCAUUUGUAUUGUACUGAAUUGUAUUUUGAGUUGUAUUCAUGUCAUCAAUAAAUGUUUUUCUCUCUCAA